AAAAGAAAAGAAAAGAAAAGAAGUCCACAUCACCUUCGAUUGACAAAACCUUUCCUCUUUUCCAUUACCAAAUCCUUCUUUCUAGUCGUUUUCUAACCACCACCGCCACCACCAUGCCAUCGCGCCCAAUCCCUCCUUUACUCCCACCCCAACCUCCCCCGCUCCUCCCCCCCCACCACCACCCUUCCCGCCUCAUAGCUCCCCUCGCCGCAGCCACCGCAGCCGCCUUCUCCGUCCUCGUCCUCUUCGUCAUCUGCUUCCGCAAAAUCACUCGUAAACGCACUGUCCCUACCGACUUCUCCAAACCCCCGCACGGAUUCUCCUACACCACUCUCCGCCGCGCCACGAAUAACUUCUCCCCUUCUCUUCGCUUAGGCCAAGGUGGGUUUGGCUCGGUUUAUCAUGGAACUCUUCCUAAUGAUUUCAACGUUGCUGUUAAAGUUAUGGACUUGGGGUCUCUCCAAGGGGAAAGAGAAUUCCAAAACGAGUUGCUUUUUGCUUCAAAGCUUGAUUCUUCUUAUAUUGUUGCAGCUAUUGGUUUUUCCUAUGAUAGGAAGCAUCGUAGUUUGUUGUUAGUGUAUGAUCUUAUGCAAAAUGGGAACUUGCAGGAUGCUUUACUUCAUAGGAAAUGCGUGGAGUUGGUUGAUUGGAAUAAAAGAUUUAGCAUUGCUGUUGAUAUUGCUAAAGGGAUUGAGUAUCUUCAUGGUUUGGACCCACCUGUUAUUCAUGGAGAUAUUAAGCCUAGUAAUAUCUUACUUGAUCAGUGUUUUAAUGCAAAGGUUGCUGAUUUUGGAUUAGCUUGGUUGAAGAUAGAUCAGAGUAAUCAGAAUGAUGAGAAGCAGUGUGAGGUUAAGGGGGAAGAGAGUGAUAAAAUAAAUGGUGGGUUGGAGUUGAAAAGGGCUGAAUUAGAGAGUAAUAACGGGGGUGAAGAUUAUGGAUCUGUCGUGGAGGAUACUGAGAGUGUGACUACUGGGUUUGAUGAGUUUCAUUUUGGGGUGGAUCAGUCGCCGGUUUGUAUGACUUCACCAGAGACUUUGGAGGCUGUGAGUGCUUCUCCGGAGGCUGGUGGUGUGGGGGUUUUUUCGGAGGGGAAUUUGGAUGGGGGUAGUAUUGAGGGUAGGAAAGAAUUGUUUAAUGGGGAGAAAGGGAGUGAGAAAGGGACAAAGAGUGUGUCUCGAAAGGAUUGGUGGUGGAAGCAAGAAAAUGGUGGCGUGACCGCGGAGAACAGGGGAGUGAAGGAUUAUGUGAUGGAAUGGAUUGGAACGGAGAUAAAGAAGGAGAGACCAAAUAGUGACUGGAUUGGAGCUUCAUCGUCAUCAAAUAGUCAGCCUGUUGGGAAAAUAGAUAAGAAGAAGAAUCGAAAGAGAUUGGAUUGGUGGGUUUCAUUAGAUGAUGAUAACGAUGAGAAGGUUUCGAAGAAGGAGAAGAGAAGGCUGCCGAGGGAAUGGUGGAAGGAGGAGUAUUGUGAAGAGUUAGAAAAAAAGAACAAGAAGAAGAAAAAGAAGAAGAGAGAAAUGGGGAUGACUAGUGAUGGCAAUAAUGAAGCAGAAGAUUGGUGGCCAAGAGAUGUGGAAAUGUACGGUGAGAGAAAGAAGAAGAGGAGUAAGAGUAGAGGUAGCAGGGGCAGUAUUGAAUGGUUUAGCGGUGAGCUAUUUAGAGGUAACCGGAAUAACCAUGAUUCUUUGAGCGGAGAGAUACCAAAGAGUAGUGGAAUCAGUAGUACACCAAGCAUGAGAGGAACUGUUUGUUAUGUUGCCCCUGAGUAUGGUGGUGGGGGGAAUUUAUCAGAGAAGUCUGAUGUGUAUAGCUUUGGAGUUUUAUUGUUAGUUCUUAUUGCUGGGAGGCGUCCACUCCAGGUUACUACCUCACCAAUGUCUGAAUUUCAGCGUGCGAAUCUAAUGCAUUGGGCUCGUAAUCUUGCCCGUGCUGGAAAACUUCUUGAUUUGGUUGAUAAGUCUGUACAGUCUUUGGAUCGGGACCAAGCUACAUUAUGCAUCACUGUUGCUCUUAUUUGUUUGCAAAAGUCACCUGCUCACCGUCCCUCAAUGAAGGAGGUUGUGGGGAUGCUCACCGGAGAGUCACAGGCGCCUCAAUUACCAACUGAAUUUUCUCCUUCACCUCCCACACGGGUCCCUUUCAAGUCCAAACCACAUAAGAAGGUUCGGUAAGCUUUAAUGUCCAAAAUUGAUCUCCAUGAGCAGCAGUAUAUUGCUUAUGGAUCAUACCAUUAUAGGUGUAAAGCAAAAUGUCAUCUUUAAAUGAAAUGAGUUGAACUUUGUUUUA